AUGACUGCUUCGUCUUCUUCAAAAUUUGAAUGUUUACCUAGUCUUCAAUGCAUACGACCAUCGGGAUAUUUAAAAGCAGUUGGUGCAGUUGUUAUUGUGGGUUUAAUUAAAACAAUUUGUGUAUCAAUCGAACAAACAUUGACAAUCGGUGGAUUUGGUGGAAGUACCAAUGGAAGAGUUGCUCGAAGAUUUUUGCAACGUGACGAAGAGCAAAAAUUUGUUGUACCUUUACGAAUUCGAGCCAUUAUCAAUCAAGCUAUCGAGUAUGAUGACUGUAGUGGGCUUGAUAUUCUACAACGUAUUGAUUUGACCACAAAGGAAAUACUUGAUAAUACCGAAACACUUAUACAAAAGGUGAAUAGUAUUCUUCGACAAGCAUUUGAAUUAGCCGAAUAUAAUGUUCCAUGUCUUUUCAUCAUUUUACCUGAUGAACAAAAGAAAUUUAAUCCUAUGAAUCUGUUUCGAGAUUCCUAUCGUCUUUUUCUUAUGUGA